AUGGGCGUGGAACGUGUGCACGAUUUUAGAAGCCACUGUAUCAAUGCUGGAUUUAUCCCUUUAUCAAGUAACCAUGAAAGGCCUAUUGUAGCUAAAGAGACUGCGAUCAGAGGCUUGAAUGAUUAUAACUGCAAACUGACUCCUGCUCAUCCUCGCCCUGUGAUCUUGCUCCAUGGAACUUUAGAUACUAUCAAUAUUUGGACCGUUUUUGCACUUAAAUUGAUCGCGCGCGGCUAUUGUGUCUUUGGGAUCACCUAUGGCAGAUUUGGAAUAAUCCCUAUCCUUGGAGGCCUUACUAAGAUUGAGGAUUCUGCCAAAGAGGUUGGAGCCUUUAUAAACAAAGUGAUGCGCAAGAUGAAAGCGUCCCAAAUCGAUAUUGUUGGACAUUCGCAAGGCACUGUCGUGGCAAGGUACUGGAUGAAGUACUUGGAUGGAGCUGGCAAGGUCCACAGGAGCAUUGGGGUUUCCCCCGGCCACCAUGGAACAACUCAGGCAGGGUUCGUUGCGCUGGCUGCAGCUACCAGGCUGCUCACUGCGAUAAAUCCCUACCAACACAUACUCGCGCCAGUAUAUCCUGAACUGAUUACGAACUCCACGUUUAUACGGAAGUUGAAUACUGGAGGCGAUACUACUCCUGGUGUUAUCGAAUCCAACAUUGCUACCAUAUACGAUGAAACCGUAAUUCCAUGGCAAUUAAGCUUACAAGACGGGCCCAAUGUAACAAAUGUCGUACUUCAGGACCUCUGCAUUCUAUCAUUCAACGGCCAUGCGACUAUGCCCCUUAGCAAGGUCGUCCAUCAAUUCAUCUUCAAUCAACUCGACCCAUCCACCGCCGAACCUGCGAACUGCUGGUCGCUUUUAUAA